AUGUUGUGUAGGUUAGAUGUGGUCCCAAAUGUCACAAGACAUCUGAAAUCACAAAGUUAACAGGAGGAGGUGGUGGUUGGGGUGUCAACAUUCCAUUAACCAUUCCUCUCGCGGGAAUGAAACAUCGCGAAGUUUCCUGCUAUGUAGUGUCUUGGUAGCAGCAAGAAUCAGGCAAUCGGAGUAGCAGCGAGCCGUGGAGGCAAGUCCAAGAAAGGUGGAGACUCCUGGGUAACGUCCUGCACUCAACUCUAGAAGCACUACCGAGAGACACAACCAGGGAGGCUGCUGCCGCUGCUGGAGCGAAGACGAAUGGAUAUACCCCUCAUCUGGCUUCUUUUUCAUCAGUAACUCGACUAGAAAACUCUUGGCGGUUGGCCGUGCUCAUCUACCUGGUUAGUAGUUAGCUAGCAGCGAGGCUGCUGGACGACAGAAUCCCAGCAUUUGAUCGCGAGGCGCCGAGAAGGACAGGAAUGGGAACUGAAAAAGGACCCUAAAGAGGGCAGUCAAACAGCAGAUGAGCCAAAGGAAGAGCAGCUUCAGAAGAGAGAGAAGGUGGGGAACGUGGCCGGCCUGGUCCAGAGAAUAAGCACUCUUGGCAUCCCGGCCGGUGCCUUCCAGCCACCAGUGCCCGCAGCUUCAAAGAAGCCUAAGAAGAGACAGUGCAAGGUGCUAUUUGAGUAUCAACCGCAGAACGAAGACGAGCUGGAGCUGAAAGUUGGAAACAUCGUAGAGAUCACUGAAGAGAUGGAAAUGGAGCGGAAAGCAUUGGCACACCCACCUCACCAUUGCCCACUCCGGGGAACGGAGGCAUUGCCCAGCCCAAGAAGAUCAAAGGAGUCGGCUUCGGAGAUAUUUUCAAAGAUGCUUCUUACAAAAAACGUCACUCAGUGCAAACCCCUGACAAAGAGGAGAAGAACGAAAAUCCAAUCCCAUCAAUACCCCUUGCUGCAAAGCCCGCCCCUCCCAACACGACAGAUUCACAGAAAGCAGAUGGAGACAGCAAAGCCAAAGGUAACACACUACAAACAUACUUCAGGUGCAUUAGUGUAAUAUCUGUCACCAGUCUAUAGAUCUGUAUGAGAGUGAUGUUUGUCUUUUUGUUUAUCUUUUUGUGAGAUUUAUUGAUUUUAAAUACUGAAAACCUUGGUUCAAAACAGUCUACAGAGUGGAAUUGCAAGCCUUAAAAUGUACUGUAAAAUCUGAAGUGUGAUCUACAUGCAUCCCUUUCUGCUGAGGGGUAUUGAUUAUGGAGGAGUAUGGAGCAGCACUGACCAAUUAGCUGCCACCAUG